AGAAUCCAGACUUUCCUCAGAGUGAAGCCCAGCGGGACGGAUGAGGAGCAGCGAGGAGGUGCAUCCUGCGACACGGAGACGCGGACAGUUUUUCAACCUGAAGUAUGUGGACUACGUGGUUCGGCUGCCGAUCCCCCACGAAGCGUCGGCGCGGACUGUGAGGACAGAGUCUCCGGCCUGGGCUCAGUGUGAAUGACCAUACAAGGCUUUUACUUCACUGCAGGAGUGAAAAAGAUCAGUCAGGAGGAAGAUUACAGGACUUCUUGUAGAUCUAUUUCUUUAACCAAUCUGUCUUUGCUCUGGUUCCUUUUUUUUUUUUGGUCAUCUAUCUGUUAUCUGGCUGUUUUUCUUUUUUACUUUCCUCCCUCUCUCCCCUCUUUCAGUCUUUUAAUCUCCCCUCACUUUUCUAUUUUCUUUUCUGGCUCCUUCCAGGUCCCUUCCUUCUCUCUUUGGUUGCAAAUACACUGUAAAAACAAACGGUCAAAAUUUAACCAAUAAAACUGGCAUAAACUGCUGCAUUUAUUCAAUUUAGGCAAAAAUACUCCUUAUUUUAGAUUUAAAAGGUAAAUAUUAACAGAUAAAUAUGCAACGAUUUUUUAACACUUUAACAAUUUUCAAAUAGUUAGAUUUGAACAGUUUUUACUUGAUUAAAUCAGACAAACUUCUAUGUUGUCAAGUUUUAACUGUUUUAUUUAGUAAAUUAAGUCAAUUUUAACUCGUUUAUGUCUUGAAUCAAACCAAUUACUGAUGCAAUUAGACAAGUUAGCUAAAUUUGACUAUUUUUCUAAUGUACCUUUUUAUUAUUUAAACAAGUAAAUUAGGGUAAUUUUACUAAAUUUGGUCAAUUUGAACUUGUUUAUGUCUUGAAUCAAACAAAUUAUGGAUGUAAUUAGACAAUUUAGCUAAAUUUGACCAUUUUGCUAAAGUAAUUUAUCAAUUUUUAAAUAAGUUAAUUAGGUCAGUUUAAGUAAAUUAGGUCAAUUUUAACUCAUUCAUGUCUUGUUUCAAACCUAUUUCAGAUGCAGUUAGUCAAAUUAGCCAAACUUGACCACUUGUCUAAACUAAUUUAAUAAAAAUUAAAUAAGUUUUGUUGGUAAUAGAGUAAAAAUCCUGUUUUACAGUGCAGAGAGGGCACUCUAAUAGACCCCCCUCACGACUCCUGUCGCUGCACUCCUCCCUCUUCUUCUUCUCCUUCUCGUCUUCUCUCUCUCCUCCCCUUGCCUCCCUCCUCUCCUCCCUCGCUCCUUCCCCUCUUUUCUCAGCCAGUCCCAGAUAAGAGGGGGGCAGAAGUAAUUCUCUUCAGCCACUUCUGAAGCCGGAGCCACUAGAGAAGGCUGUGAGGACGAAAUGAGUUCUAUCUUUUUAUUUUUUUAGGAUUUAAAAAUAGAAAUUUCUACUCUUAACAACCAGGCAUCUUUUACUCUGAAAGUUCUUUGUUUUCUCAUCACUUUCACUUCCUAAAUUGGGCUCAUUUGUUGAGUUGUGUUUUCUUAAUCUGUGCUUUUUCUUUUCCUGCGUGGAUCUAAAGUUCCAGCUCUCAACAAACCAUGAAGAACUUGUCAAAAGUGAAACCAAUGGACCCAUUCAUCUGAGUGAAAGCAAGAAAAAAGAAUAAAGAUCCAGGCUGGGGAGGUGAAGCACGAUUAAGGGAGACUGGAGACCACCUGGUGUGAGAUCAACAGGUGCUGCUCUUUUAAAAGGUGUGAUUCAACAUAAAGGAGACCCUUUGAACUCAAAAAGGACGACCUUCAGGAUCUGACCUCAUGGAUCGCCGCGUGCAGAGACUUGUGCAAGUAUCCUGCACACAGAUGUUUGCUUAAAGGUAAAUUGGGGUCAAAGUGUGAGCAAUCUUCUCUUGACCCUCUCAAGACUGAGAACAAACACUUCACUACAGUAGAAAGAACUGUCAUGAAAGGCCUGAACCUCACCUGGGUGUUCCUGGUGCUGCUGCUGCUUUGGACCUGGUCAGCCGUCACCGAUGCCGCCGGCGUCGGGAGCACGGAGCGGGCAGGAGCUGGACGAGGCCAGAGGAAAGGGGGAAGCGGCGGAGGAGGAGGAGGAGGCGCGGAGAAGAGGAGGAGGCUUCACCGCAUCCAGCACGGCCAGUGCAGCUACACCUUCAUCCUGCCGGAGGGGGACGGGUGUCAGGGCGGAGGGCCGCCACCGCCGGGCGAACAAUAUGGCGGCUCCCGCGGCGUGCAGAGAGACGCGCCGCCCGUGGACGGCGAUUGGUCGGCUGACAAGCUGCAGCACCUGGAAAACAUAAUGGAGAACAACACGCUGUGGCUGCAGAAGUUGGAGGGUUUCAUCCAGAGGAGUUUAAGGCGAGACGUCGCCAAUAUCCAGUCCCACGUCGUUCACAACCAAACAGCCACGAUGCUGGAGAUCGGAACCAACCUGCUCUCACAGACGGCCGAGCAGACGAGAAAACUCAACGUGGUCGAGGCCAAGGUUCUGAACCACACGUCACGGAUAGAAAUCCAACUUCUGGAGAAUUCUCUGUCCACCAACAAGCUGGAGAAGGAGCUCCUUCUGCAAACCACCGAGAUCAGGCAGCUGAGAGACAAGAACAGUCAUCUGGAGAGCAAAGUUCAGAUGUUGGAGUCUCAGCAGAGAGGAGAGCUGGAGGACAUGAGGGUGGAGAAGAACAGGCUGCAGUCGGUGGUCAGGACUCAGAUGGUGGCGAUAGAGUCURUGGAGCGGCAGCUGAAAGUCGCCACCAGCAACAACACGGCUCUGCAGAAGCAGCAGGCCCAGCUGAUGGAGUCCGUCCACACACUCAUCAACAUGGUGGCCACGACUACAGGCUCGCCUCCUCGCAGCCAGAUGUGGAAGGACUGCGCAGACGCUUACAAAGAUGGUCAUUCUGUCAGCGGCGUUUAUCACGUCUACAUCGGGAACAGGACCGAACCUGUGCAGGUGUACUGUGACAUGGAGACGAGCGGCGGCGGCUGGACGGUCUUCCAGCGGCGCUUCAACGGCAGCGUGGACUUCCAGAAGAGCUGGAGGGAGUACAAAACGGGUUUCGGGGACGUGCAGGGGGAACACUGGCUGGGUAACGAGGUUUUGUACCUGCUGACCAGUCAGGGCCAGUACUCUCUGAGAGUGGAGCUGAGGGACUGGGAGGGAAACUCUGCGUACUCUCAGUACGACCGCUUCACUCUGACCAGUGAGAGGCAGCACUACAGGUUGUAUCUGCGAGGCUACAGCGGCACGGCCGGCAGGCAGAGCAGUCUGAUCACACACGGCGCCGGCUUCAGCACCCGAGAUCACGACAACGACAACUGCGACCACUGCAAGUGUGCCCUGAUGCUCACAGGAGGUUGGUGGUUUGARGCCUGCGGCUUCUCCAACCUAAACGGGAUCUACUACACGGUCGGCCACAACAUCAGGAAGCUGAACGGCAUCAAGUGGCACCACUUCAGAGGCCCCAGCUACUCGCUGCACUCCACCUCCAUGAUGGUCCGACCGUACGACUUCUAACAGCCCCUCCGACAAGCCUUCAGCACGUCUUCUGCAGAAAUAACUUCCUGAUUCCCUCCGGGGGAGACACUCUGUGGAUGCAACGUGGUGCAGAACUCAGUAUGAACCAUGAGCACCACGUGGCUCCAUCAUCAUCAUCAUCAUCAUCAUCAUCAAAGUCUUGCAUUCGUAUCAAGAACUUUGAAGAAUCGAGUUAAUUAUUUAGAUUUCACAAUAACUGUUUAUUUUUUUAGACCGUGUCGUUCGUCUUUGUACUCGUUAUAAAAAAAAGAAAACAAAUAAAUUAAAAACAAAGUGUUCCUUGAAGGAGUGCACGUCA